CUGUGGAAUCAGGGAGCCCCGCCCACCCGGAGCGCACUUCCUGUUUCUGCAGCGACAGUCCGGCAGCGGAGCCGAGCCGAGUUCAGACUGGAUCUCAGCGCCGACCAGAACCAGAACUCCUAUCCCCUACAGCGCCGCCCCGCAGCCCCGCUCUCACUGUCUGAUGAAGGAGGAGAGUGCUGUUGAGGUCCCUCAGCCUUUGCCCUCGGGGCCUAGUGCCUUCAUUCCAGCUCAAGUGAUUUUGGAUGAGGGAGCGAGGCAAGAGGUGAUGACAGACACCCUGUUGUCGGUCAGUCAUGCUGAUCACAUUGCCACAAUUAUGGGACUGCAUCCUGCCUACUUGGGCUGUUUCUUGCGUACCCAGAAUGCCUUGCUGCAGCCAGAUGGCCCCUUACCGCUGCCAUGGAGACACUACAUUAUCAUCAUGGCGUCUGCACGUCAUCAGUGUUCAUACCUGGUGAAGCUGCACAGCUCUGCGUUUCAGUUGGCCGGCGGUGAUGAGUCCUGGCUCAGAGGUCUUCACUGUGCUCCUCCAAAAAUCCAGCGUCUGCAGACUCUCAACAAACUGCUAGCUCACAGACCAUGGCUUAUCACCCAGGAACACAUCCAGGAGUUAGUGUGUCCAGGUGCUGAUCCUCGCUGGUCAUUAGCUGAACUGAUUCAAGCUGUGGUUCUCAUGAGCCAUGCUCACUCCUUAGCAUCCUUUAUCUGGGGCUGUGGCAUUCACCCAGAGCCCGACAGCACAGCCAAGCAGCACCCCCCUUCAGCUUCUCCUGCAGAACGCCUCGCUCAGCCGCCUCCCCCUCAGCGAGAGGACCCAAAUCGACAGGAGUGGACUGAGGCUGUCAAUGAAGUGCAGCUGUUGAUGGAGAAGAUGAUGCUGGUUCAGCAGCAAGAGGAAGAGUUUACUCCAGAGGAGAUGGUUACUCGUUUUGAGAGAGAAAGAACAGAGAGUAUACUGGAACCAGCAGAAGUGGUACGAGCCGCCCUUCCUGAUUCUAUUUCACGGUUUGUUCAAGAUCCAGAUUUCAUUUACCAGGACUUCAGUCCAAGAGGAGAGCAAUCCCCACCAACCAUGAGAGCUCAGGACUACUCGUGGGAAGACCAUGGUUUCUCUCUGAUGAACAGGCUGUACGGGGAGAUGGCUCAGUUACUGGAUGAGAAGUUCCAGGUGGUGUGUGCUCUGACAUAUCACACCAUGGCCAUGCACACACACGUGGACACCUCCACUCUCCGCAAAGCACUCUGGAACUACAUACACUGCAUCUAUGGCAUCAGGCAUGAUGACUAUGACUAUGGUGAGGUCAACCAGUUGCUGGAGCGUAGUCUGAAGGUUUUUGUAAAGACUGCUGCCUGUCACCCCGAGAAGACCACGCUCAGAAUGUACUCCUCGUUCUGGAGACAGUUCCUCCAUUCAGAAAAGGUCCAUGUGAACCUGCUGCUAAUGGAGGCGAGGCUGCAGGCAGCUUUGCUUUAUGCACUCCGAGCCAUCACCCGCUACAUGACCUAACACAACCAUACACACAUACACACCCUUAAAGUCUUAGGGUCAAUUUCCCCGACAGCGAUGAAGCCUAGUCAUAGCCUAUAUUUGCCUUUUCAAAACAGUCAAAAUGUCAAAAUGCUGUGUAGUCCAAGAUUAGGCUUAAUCACUGUCUGACAAACUGACCCUUAAAUGCACAAGCACAGAACUAGUCCUUUGAGCAAUAACAUGCUGGGUGAUGUACAAAAAAAUAUAUAUUAUAGACACUACUACAAUUCCCAGUCCCUUUAUACACACACACACACACACACACUAACACUCCUUUCAUAAAACAUAAAACACACUCCUUGUUAGCAUUAGAGUGAUGAAAAAAAACGCUACAAACUCCUGUUCAGUCUGGCAUUUGCACAUAUUCACCUACAAUUAAGCUUGUGAACUUUAUAGUUUCUUCAAUUUGUUCUUCAGUGUGGUGUUUUUGCGCUGCUACUUGGUCACAGCUGAAAAUGAAAAGCAGUGCUGAUUUUUUUGUGUGGGAAAUCUUCUGAUCUUCUCCCAGUGACCUUUUGCUUAUCAUACUGUGAAUGUGUUCCUUCUUUUGUGCAGUAUUCUUUGCACUGACUGUGUGAACUGAUGAUUGUAUGGCUGAGAGGCCCUCAGCACACUGCCCCCAUGCUGCCUCUGACUCUUAUGGCAAUGGUUGCUGAUCCAGUCCUCGGGGCUUAGCAGGUUCAUCCAUAUUUUUGCUCUGUCCCAGCUUUCAGCACACCUGUAGCAGGUGCUUUGUGUUGUGUAUUGCUUGGGCUGCUUCUUUAUAGCUGAAUGAAGCUUCUUUACCCAUUUUCUCAAUGUUGCCAGAUCUGUUGUGUGAAUCCAGUGAUUUUUAAUGAUAAUAAUAAUGAUUUCAUGAUAAUUAAUAAAUUCAUUAUAAAUAAUACAUCUAUAAAUCAAGUGAAGAGUCACACAGCAGGUAAAAGUGACACAAAUCUAAUACAUAUCAGAUUAGUGGCAAAGCAACUCAACCAACUCUGAAGAGCUGGAAGUCUUGUGACUUUUACUUUAAGGAAAAGGAAUAGAAGGCUGUGGAAAAACAGUGUAUGACUGUGUGACUGAGUCAGGGAUUGAGAUUAGGUGGCAGGAUAACGGCCUUAAAACAACCCAUCUAGGCAAUCUGUGGUGUACUGGUCCUGAACCUCUCUGACCCUGGUGGGUAUGAAUAUGUGGAGUGAACAUGUAACCUGUGGCCACAACUUUCCUGUUUCCAGUUAGGAUGUCCAUACAGGCAUCCAUCCUGUCUAAGUGUGGGCCAUGUUGGCGUCCCCAAGGACUGGAUUGAGUAACAACAGGCUUUUGGUACUUGCUUUUUGGGGGGACACAUUUUGUUUGUGUUCAUGGUGGGAUGUCUUAAAUGUAUUUUUAUGUCAAAUAAAAUAUAUUUUUUACAA